AUGAUAUCUGGUGCUCAAACUGACCUGCAGGGUGGUAUCUUCUUCAUGGUGGAUGGAUAUGACAGAAGGGAUAUGUCAUCGUAUGUAAAUACGAUGUUUGGCUUCUUUUGGACGUCGUCGAUUGGGUUUGCGUCGUUGUAUGGGUCUUUGCCCAUGUAUUUUAGAUAUGUGACGUUUUGCAAGUGAGUUAUCAAUUUUUUUUGAUUUUAAAAUUUUGAAAUUUUAAAAUCAAAAAUUAUUAACUUCAAACUAUACAGAAAGAUCAUGUAGAUAUAACACUUUCAGCAAAGUACUAAAUCGCGCUUUCCAGAAAAUCUUGAGAAAAUCGAGAUAAAAAAAUUACGUUUUGAAUUUCCCGCCAAAUUGGCAUUGUGUUUCAAGCUUAUAACUUCGCUAUUUUUUGACUUUUAAUCAUUUUUCUUUAAAAUAAGAGUAGAAUACUUUUAAAUAAACCUACAUUUUUAAAUUUGUAAUUGUAGCUUAUCUAGAAAGUCGAAAAAAGUGCUUGAAACACAAUGCCAAAUUUGCCAAAUUGGCGGGAAAUCAAAAUAAUUUAAAUUUAAAACUCAAAAGCGCAAGCUAAAAUUUUUUGUGGGUACUAUUGGUAGUACAAAGGAUUUAUAUAAAAAUUAUGAGCUGAUUCUGAGCGAGGCAAAUAGGGCAGUUUCCCCGUUAAAGUUUUUGUAAAAGAGACAUGUUAUACGAUUAAACAUGCUCAGACAUGUUGCAAGUAUAAUUUGGCAAACUGGAAAUAGUUUAAUUUUAAAUGUAACAUUGAUGUUUAAACAUAUUUUUAUUUGUUUUUAAAAAAUUUUAAGUAAUUUUAUGAAUGGUGACAUGUUAUACGAGCAAACAUGUUCGGACAUGUUUUAUCGUAUAACGUGUAAAAUCACAAAAGUAUUUUAACUUUAAAUUUAGAACUUCUGAACAAUCAUAUUCGUUUCUUUUUUCAGAAUUUUAAGUAUUUUUAUUCCCCUUUUAACCAAAAACACUAUUUAAUACCAUCAUUUUAACUUUUCAAAACAACCAUUCAAACUCAUAAACCAACAAUUGUUAUAGAGAAGAAACAGUGUCGACGUUUCGAAUAUUCUCGUGGAUAUCAUUGGUAGUGGUAACGGCCGUCUGGAACUGUACUUGGGCCUUACACUCGGCUUUUGACAAUCUUCAGAGGCAUGACGAGUUGGCAGAACUGUUGGAUCAUGAUUUUUGGUCAUUACCUGAUGGGGAACUACCCUUCUUCAGCGGAGUGUCUUUGGUACGUUUUUUUGAUAAAAUGGUACCAUAUUUAUGGUACUACUGGUACUAGUGGUACUACAUAAAAUUAUAUUUUUUUUGCAAUUUUUAACAUUAUUUCAAAGGUAUUAUUACAAAAAAGACCUUUUAAAAAAUGGUACCAAAAGUUUUGGUACUACUGGUACUAAUGGUACCACAUAAAAAAUUGGUAAUUUGGUUUUUUUUGUAUGCAAAUUUCAUUUUUUUACAUUUUUUUUGAUUUUUUGUUUAUUAAAAAUGGCUUUUUCGACAAUUUUUGUUUACUGCAGGCUGCGAGGGACAUUUUAUACGACGAAACGUAUUUUUUGAAUUUUGAGUUUAAAAUGACAUGUAUUGUUAAAAAUGCGUUAUUUUGAAGAUUUUGAUACAUUUUUUUAAAAUAAAAAAAUAUUUUGAACUUUUUUUAUUAUGACAUUUCCAGACUAACCUAGGCGGCUUGAUGUUCGCCUUGUCAUGCACAAUAAGCUUCAGUGUCUCCACAUCAUUAGGUAUAUACUUGGUCAUGAAAAUCAGAGCAAAAUUGGAAGAAGUGUCCAAAAGUGCAUUAUCAGACAAAACGAAAAGGUUACAGACGCAGAUGAACAGGAUGAUCAUCUUUCAGGUAAGAACUUUUUUUCUAUGUAUUUUUUGACCAAAGUAUAAAAAUUGAUGGAAAAUUGCAAGAACUUUGUUUACAAAACUUAUUUUCUUAAAAACCGCAAGAACUUUCUUUGCAAAACUCAUUUUUACAAAAGCCGCAAGAACUUUCUUUACAAACACCAAUUUUUUGAAUAACCGCAAGAACUUUCUUUACAAAACACAUUUUUUGAAGAACCGCAAGAACUUUCUUUACAAAACCUAUUUUUUUAAAAACCGCAUGAACUUUCUUUACAAAGCUUAUAUUUUGAAAAACCGCAAGAAUCUUUACAACACACAUUUUUUCAAAAAACCGCAAGAACUUUCUUUACAAAGCGUAAUUUUUGAAAAACCGCAAGAGCUUUGUUUACAGAUGUCUUAUUUCUAAUGUCAUCAUACGUGUCAUGAAAUAACAAGUCAAUAAGGAAGAAACUUUCUUUACAAAUUCACAAUCAUUAUAAAACAUUGUUAUUGACUAUAUUUUUUGAUUCCGGGUCUGUUUCCUCUUCCUUCAUCAAAGUUACAGUAUCUUUUUAAUGUCAAUAACAUACACGAAGACGGCUGAAGCCACAUGUACCUUGAGUGUUUGUAAAGUUCGCUUCUGGUCAUGAAUAGGACUAAUUUGAUGAAUUUUAUGGUGUUUGGGUUCAGUUUUUUUUUAAAUAAUAAGGGGGGGGGGUGUUCUGGGAGCAGACUUAAUUCAUCAACUGUGUUUUUAGUAUAAAAACUUUUUUUGAAAAAAAUGUUUUGUAAAGAACGUUUUUGAGGUUUUUUCAAAAAAAAAGUUUUGUAAAGAAAGUUCUUGCGGUUUUUACAAAAAAGAGUUUUGUAAAGAAAGUUGUUCUCAUUUUUGGGAUAUUAUUGUAUAACAUGUCACCAGCAGGCUGCAGAGAGACAAGAAAAAGAAAAAUCAAACUGAAAGCUUUUGUAAAGAAAGUUCCUGCGGUUUUUCAAAAAAUGAGUUUUGUAAAGAAAGUUAUUGCGGUUUUUCGAAAAAAUAUGUUUUGUAAAGAAAGUUUUUGCAAUUUUUUGAAUAAUGAGUUUUGUAAAGAAAGUUCUUGCGGUUUUUUAAAAAAAUAGUUGUGUAAAGAAGGUUGUUUUGAUUUCUUGGGUAUUAUCGUAUAACAUGUCACCAGCAGACUGCAGGGAGACACAGAGAAACAGAAAUGAAAACAAAAACUUCUGUAAGGAAAAAAAAUGUUAUGUAAAGAAAGUUCUUGCGAUUUUUAGAAAAAUAAGUUUUGUAAAGAAAGUCCUUGCGGUUUUUACAAAAAACUUAAAUUUUUAAACAUUUUUACAAUUUUUAAAAUUUCAGUUGUUCAUAGCCACAGUACUGGGCCAACUGCCCGUCUUUCUUGUCGCCGGCCAAAUGAUAUUCCAAACCCAUUUCCCUCCAUCAUUAACAAUCGUAGUGGGCUGUAUGGACCCUCUCCUACCGGUCGUUAACCCUCUGGCUGACAUUUUCUUCGUCGAUGCGUAUCGGCGACAACUGUUCGCGUUGCCGCGACAAAUCUGGAGCAAACAUUCGGUGGGCGACAACACUUCCACGGAAGUCGACCGGACUAAGCGCCGGCUUUCCAUGCCUAGCUAAAUAUGUUUUGUUUCUAGCCAAAUUUCGUUUAUUUGUUUGCCCUGUGUCAUGUUACAGUAUGCUGUCAAAUAUCUCACACUUUGAGGUGUUACACGAUGAUUUCUAAAGUAAUUGAGGAAUCAUACUGUAACAUGACUUAUAUACUGUAUCUAGCAUUUUUGUCUUCUAUGUAAAAUGCAUUUUUGUUUUGCUACAUUGUUGUAUCCUCACUUGAAACUCGUCGUAUUUCACUUUCUUUUACUUUGCAAUACCUAUGUUAAUAUCCGUCAUGUUCAAGCAAAUUUUUUUAAAAUUCAAAAACUUUUUAUCGUACUAUUUUGUAUUGUAAUUUGUUUAUUACAUCCCACAAACCUUAUAUUUGCCCAGAAUGUUUUUUGUACAAUCGUCACACAACACGUAAAAGUAACUAACCACUACCUAAGUACCUAUAUCAGCAAUAUUAAAUCACUGUUGUAAAUAAAUGUUUUUUACUUUUGCAUUUUGGUAUGUAUCGAUCAGUUGGAAAACCCUAACAAUAAAAAAAUUGAAAAUUAGCCAUUCCUUUUUAGCUACAAGAAAUUCACUAUGUGUCCCACCACGAAAACAAUUACGAUUAGACUUAUAAAGAGGCCGGGCCCCGAAUCCUGAUUAUCACUAUACGUCCUACCACUAAAACAAUCACCAGAUUGUAUUUUACUAUCAUUUACGCUUCUUAUAGUCAGUUUUAUUAACCAUACGUUAACCCUAACCUUUCCAGAAAGCCAUCAACCACAUACCGAAAUCAACAUUCUUUUUCACAAUAUUUACAAAAUGGGAACGGACUGACACAGUGGGCCCGGACAAUGGAACGUUCUCUUAA